GGGUAUGUCCAAGCAUGUCGAGCACUGAUGAUUGCUGCCUCCGUCCUGGGUCUUCCCGCUAUCUUCUUGCUGAUAACAGUCUUGCCCUGCAUCCGAAUGGGCCACGAGCCUGGAGCUGCCAAGUACCGGCGGUCGCAGCUGGGAGGGAUCCUCAUCAUCCUCCUGGCCAUGUGCGGCGUCGUUGCGACCAUCUGGUUUCCUGUGUGCGCCCACCGCGAGACCACCAUUAUGAGCUUCGGCUACUCCCUGUACACGGGCUGGAUCGGCUCUGCGCUCUGCCUCUUCGGCGGCUGCGUCAUCGUCUGCUGCUCGGGAGAUGCCCAGACGUUCGGUGAAAACCGUUUCUACUACGCCUCGGGAUCCAGCUCCCCCACCCAUGCAAAGAGCGCUCACGUGUAA